AAAAUUUCUUGUUGGCAAAGUCACCAGAGUAUAUAUGUUACUCUCCGCCUCACGUAGCGCUUAAAGCGGCUAACGGGUACGCUAACGCUAGCGAGACUCAAAUUUCAAUUUCAAAGAAAAAGCCUCGUUUCCGAUUAGGGUUAGGGUUCAGUGCUUCCCUUUGUCCGAGAGCUAUGGAUUCUGCUUUAGUGAUCAAGGUGAAAUAUGGAGAUACCCUCAGGCGCUUCAGUGCUCAUGUGGACGAGAAUAAUCAACUGGAUCUUGACAUGAUUGGGUUGAGGGCCAAGAUAUGUUCUAUCUUCAAUUUCACUGCUGAUGCAAAUCUAAUUCUGAGAUAUGUUGAUGAAGAUGGCGACUUAGUGACUCUGGUGGAUAAUGAAGAUUUACGUGAUGUUAUGAGGCAGCAAUUGAAGUACUUGAAAAUUGAUGUGCAUGUGAGCAAUGACAUUGGUGGUCAAUCAAAUACUGGGUCUAGUGGAAGUGCCACGCCCUCAAAAUCUCCUCCUGUCUUAAACUCAUUUCUGGUUAGAGAUUCUUUAGUACCAUAUCCUCUGCCAGAGCCAGUACGUGAGGCUCUUUCUAAAUUAUCACUUCCAAAAGCUGCAUCAUCAAGUCCUGUGGUUGCAAAUCUUGCCGAGGCAAUUCCAAAAAUGGGACAAGCUGUUCUAAAUUCUCUUUUCCAGCCUCACAAUGCAGCUGGUACAAGGCCAAAAACUGGUGUUCCUGAAGAAUCUAUCUCUUCUGAAGCAAGAGGUUCUCAGUCUCCUCAUGUGGACUCAGCUUCCAAUGCCAGUGUCCACACUGAUAGUUCCACACCCUUAAGAUCGCCUGUUCCAGAUCCAUUUCUGAGUGGAAAUGCUGUUAAAGUUGACGAAUCAGAUGGUGUGAGAAAACCACUACGCCAGUUUGUUUCCAAUGUAUCACGUUCAAAUGCAGAACUUUCAGGUCAAACAUCUAGUAUUUAUGCUAAUUUUAUUUCCAAAAUGGGACAACCUGUUUCAAAUUCUCAUUUCCAGCCUCAUGUUGCAGCCAAUCCUAGCUCAAGAAAUGGCAUCUCUGAAGAAUCCAUCACUUCUGAAGCAAGUCUGCAACCUCCAUAUGUGAACCCAGCUUCCAAUGCCAGUGUCCAGAGUGAUCGUGCCACCCUCUUGAGAUCUGCUGCUCCAGAUCCUUUUCUGAGCAGAAAUGCUGUUAAAGUUGAACACUCUGUGCCUGAGCCAGUACAGGAGUUUUGGUCCAAAUUAUUAUCACAUUCAAGAGAUACAUCUGCUAUUCAGCCUGGUGUUAAUCUUGCUGAUUUUAUUUCCCUAGUGGGAGAAACUGUUCUAAAUUCUUAUUGGCAGCCUAAUGUUGCAGCUGGCCCUAGCUCAAAAAAUGGUGUUCCUGAAGAACCUGUCACUUCUGAAGCAAGAGGUCCACAGUCUCCAUCUGUAGACUUGGCUUCCAAUGCCAAUCAACAAGUGGAGGCUGGAAAUGUAAUUAGAGGUGUAACAACAGGUGCAAGAGUUGCCUCUGUUGAUCUCAAUAUCCUUCCAUGUGAUCCCUCUUCAUCUCAGAACACACAUGCAAGUAGAGAUCCACUUUCAUCUGCAGUCCCUGGUGAUGGCAACAUGGGUAAAAUGUCUACUGAUGAUAGUUUUCUUGGAAAGGGUGACAGUAGUGGGGCGUCCUCAAGUUCUGCAGGUCCUAUUAACAGCUCAACCCAAACUCGUGCAUUGAGUCCUGGUGCUUUCAUUGAGUGUCCAUUUUCUGGGACAUAUCCUAUUAAUUCUGGGAGACCAACUCUUGGAAACCUUCGACUUCCCUCAUUUAAAAGAAGCCAUAGUCACACUGAGGCAACGACUGGUAUGUUCCAUAAGGGGGUCCGCUGUGAUGGCUGUGGAGUCUAUCCAAUAACUGGACCCCGUUUCAAAUCCAAAGUAAAGCAAAAUUAUGACCUCUGCAACAUUUGCUUCAAUGAAAUGGGUAAUGAGACUGAUUAUAUCAGAAUGGACCGCCCUGCAUCUGUUCGUGUCCCUCGAUGUGUAUAUGAAUAUCCAUUAAACCUUCCAACAUUACCGCCACAUAUUUUUAAAAAAGGUGCAAUUUCAAAGCAUGCAAGGCAAAAGCUAGAUAGUCGGUUCAUUUUGGAUGUUAAUGUUAUAGAUGGUACAAUGAUGGCUCCAUCUACUGCAUUUACAAAGAUCUGGCGGAUGCGCAAUAAUGGCACUAUAGUGUGGCCCAAGGGAACUCAGCUUGUCUGGAUUGGAGGGCACAAGUUUAGUGACUCUCAUUCAGUUGACUUGGAGGUUCCCGAGGAUGGUGUGCCUGUGGAGAAGGAACUUGACAUUGCAGUUGACUUUACUGCACCUCAGUUACCGGGUCGAUACGUAUCGUACUGGAGGAUGGCAUCUCCAUCUGGACAUAAAUUUGGCCAACGUGUUUGGGUCCUUAUACAGGUUGAUGCCUCUCUCAAGGACUCAUUUUAUGAUAGCUCUCAAGGUCUGAACUUGAAUAUCCCCCUUGACGUAAAUGACUCUAAAGGGCCUCAGGUUAUAGAUAUCAAUGUCCAACCUGCUGAGGAUGAUAUUUUUCUUCAAACCCACAAUCCUAAUGCUCCCAUUGAACCUGGGAAUCAAGUGGUUGACAAGGAACCAAGGCUGGAGCUGGAAAAAGAAUUCCCUAUAAAUGAAGCUACAUUUGUUGGCCCUGCUGCGUCAUCCCCUGCAACCUCUGUGGCACCUUCAUCUUUUUCGUAUCCUAUUAUUGAUUUGUCUGAAACAGCCCCGACUGUUCCCUCUAACCAGCAAUCCUCAACUGUGGAUGUGCCUUCGUCGUCUAUGGGGGUUGGUGGCAUUAAUUCUGUGGAGGAAACUCUACUUAAAGAGCUUGAGGAGAUGGGUUUUAAGCAGGUUGAUUUGAACAAAGAGAUCUUGAGGAUGAAUGAGUAUGAUUUGGAGCAAUCAGUAGAUGAUCUCUGUGGUGUUUCUGAGUGGGACCCUAUGCUUGAAGAGUUACGUGAGAUGGGUUUCCGUGACAAUGAGAUGAAUAAGAGGCUGCUGAAGAAAAACAAUGGAAGCAUCAAGCGUGUUGUUAUGGAUUUAAUCAACGGAGAGUAGGUUUAGUUGAAAUGUCAGCUAAUAGUAAAUGUAAAGGUGGCAAAACUUGUGCUCCUAGGAUGACAAUCGCCAGGCAUUCUGCAUAAUUAUCUAAUUUCUUAACUCGAUCUUGUAUUGUGGUGAUAUUGUCAUCGCAAUUGAACUAUUUGAUCGAUCUUAUGUUGGAUUUAAGUAUGUAUGAACUGAUGACUAUGCUAAAUCGUUUUGGUUAUUUAUU